AUGGUGGGCACGCCCAAUAACACACUGUGGGUCUUUGGGGGAACUAGGGAUGCCAAAGAGACCUUAUCGGACUUGUGGGAAUAUACUGUCUCGUCAAAUAUGUGGACACAAUUAGCGGACGCGCCGUUUGCUAUCAGUAGGCAUGUGGCGGAAUUCCGUACGGUCAAAGACACUAUGGUGGCGCUUAUGGGGUACACACCGCAGUUACAAUUCACGUAUGUUAUACUGGAGUAUACGCGCCGUAACGACAGCUGGGUCGAGCAUAAGAAUAUCACCGGUCCGUUGGUCAUUG